GGAAAAAAAGACUUUCCCCCUGACAUCCAGGCAGAUGCCCAUCCAAGGAAUGAAGCCGACAGGAAUAGGGAUCAGGAAAAAGGGAGGGAUGAGAGGGACGUAGAACUUCAGGCAGGGUGAAAUGCGGGGAUGAAAGCGGCUGGUGAAAGUGGAGGAAGAGAGAGAGACUCAGGGCUGAGAUGGACAGAGUGAGUGAGAGAGGAGUGCUGGACGGAUGGAGAACUAAAGUGUCUGACUGGACAGUGAAGGGUGGGGGGUGAGAAGAGGGAGGGAGUCAGGACAGAGAGAGCAAAGUGAAAGAGGAGAGUGAGGGAGCAGCCCUUUGACACGGACACCAGAGGAGUGAAUGUGCCAGGGACGCGGGACGCCAACGUUGACAGAAUACGGCGGUUUGAUGCUGCGGGGCCGCGGCGUGACCGUGGGAACCUCCCUGCUGUCCCGUUGGCGGCUGGAGCACCAUGGGCAGGCAUGGGUGAUGCAGGAGACACCUGCUAGGAAAUGACAGCAAAUGGACCGAGUUUCUGGUGGAUUCUGUAAAGGACACGCGGAGGCACUGAACGUCAGGCGGUGAGCAGCGGAACUGGACGGCAGGAGAUGCAUCCACGUUGUGUCUCUUUUGAGAUGUUGCUGGUGUGGAAUACGCUCAGACAUGUCAGGCAUAUAUGCUUGGGGCUGUGACUUUUUAAGUAAAUUAGAAUGUUUCAGUUCUUAAAUGACUGAAUUAGUUCAUAAACUGGGUGUAACUGAUAGUGACUGGAUUUGCAUCCAGUAUUUUUGACCUGGAUAGUGUCUAGCAUGGGGCUCGUUUUUGUAUUUUACAGUCCUACUGCACUUGUAUGUUCGUUAAUAGUGCCGCCAUUUGGCUAGCGUGUUGUGUUUUCUGCAAACCACGUUCUACAGCCUAAUAGGCACCAAGGGAAUAUAUAUAUGAAAACAUACGAAAAUAACAUGACUAUCUAUAUUCAUUAUGAACCAUGAGGAUCGCUCUUUGUGUCUUGUCCGGCGAUGUUUAGCUGUCCCUUGUGGCUCUCCAUGGCUAACUCCAAAGCCAAAGCCAAGUACGCACACUUUUUCUCGUGAGGCGUUGUGAUUUUGGGAGAAAUCACAGUGAUAUGUGCAUCGCAACAGCUGCUCAACUCCUCUCUCUGACUUUGUCUCCUAGGAGGUCCGAGUAGGAUGGGCUUGGGAAUUAGCAUUGCCUCAGGUUCGAGUCUGACUGUCCCGCAGAAUCUGCAUAGAACAUUCCCCAACCGCUUCACACGGGUCUCAGAUCAGAAUGUUUCUGGUGGCUACCUGACUCUGACCAGCUCCGCUAGUCUGUUCUAGCCCUUUCCGUGGGCCACCCCGGAUCCCCCUUGGCCACUCUCCUGGCCCACUGUCCCCCCGGCCUGCCCUGCCAUGGGAAUCCAGGGCAUGGAGCUGUUUGCCAUCGGCGUGGUCGUCAUUCUUUUUGUGGCCGUGCUCAAGCAAUUCGGCAUCCUGGAGCCCAUGUCUAUGGAAGAUGACAGCAGUGACAGCGACCUGGAGCUCUCCACGGUGCGCCACCAGCCGGAAGGGCUGGAGCAGCUGCAGGCCCAGACCAAGUUCACCAAGAAGGAGCUGCAGUCCCUCUACAGGGGCUUCAAGAACGAAUGUCCCAGUGGCCUGGUGGAUGAGGAGACAUUCAAGACCAUCUAUUCUCAGUUCUUUCCCCAAGGAGAUGCCACCACUUAUGCCCACUUCCUGUUUAAUGCGUUUGACGUUGACAGAAAUGGGUCCAUUCGCUUUGAGGAUUUUGUGAUUGGGCUGUCGGUGCUUUUGAGGGGGUCCGUGACGGAGAAGCUAAACUGGGCCUUUAACCUGUAUGACAUUAACAAAGACGGCUACAUCACCAAAGAGGAGAUGCUGGCCAUCAUGAAGUCCAUAUACGAUAUGAUGGGCAGAUACACCUACCCCACCGUGCGGGAUGACGCCCCCUCUGAGCAUGUGGAGAAGUUCUUCCAGAAAAUGGACCGUAACCGGGACGGAGUGGUGACCAUCGAUGAGUUCAUUGAAACUUGUCAGAAGGAUGAGAACAUCAUGAGCUCAAUGCAGCUCUUUGAGAAUGUUAUAUAGGACCAAAUGGAUGGCUGGACCCCCACUCCCCCCCCCCCCCCCCCCCGCUCAUAAGCUCCCUCUAAAACCCGUCUCAUUCUCCCAAACACGGGACACUGAACUUUCCAAGGACCGCACAAAAGGUGACUGGGUUUUAUAAAUAAACUAUGUAGCUAUCAGAAGCAGUCGAUGUACGUGCAACAAUCUCCUGCUCAAAACGAAAGAAGAAAAAAAAAACAGCAUUUUGACUUUUCAUCGCAUGGAAAUUAUAUGCUUGGAAAGGUGAAUGAAACAGAAGACAGAGACCGAAUGCUUGCUGCUUCAGAUUAGUGUUUUUCAUAUUUUUAUUAAGGACUUCGGAAAAUAAACCUUUUUCCUUGGAUACCAUUGCGAAUAUUAGUAAAGAAAAAGGACGGCUGAUGAAUGAAAUUCUAGUCCUUGCUCCAGAACAGGGUUCUUUAGUAAAACAAAGCUUCCACAUUUCCUUGCCCUGGAGAAGAGGACAAUAUAACAAACAAAAAAGGAAAUUCCUGUUAUUAGUGGCUCCUGGAAGGCAUGAGACUUGUUGAAGAAUUUGUUGCUUAUUCAAACCCAUGAUAUGAAAGCAGAGGAAUUAAGGCUGUCGACCUUUCUGGGUAUCUCUUCUUUUGUCUGGACUCCUUUCUAUGUGGUGUUUGUUUGCACUAACAAAUGGCUGAAUGUUGCUGUUUUCCCUGUACGCCAGGUUGAUAGCAACUCCGACAUGCUGGUGGGGACCAGAGGUAAAUGUAGGCAUUCGUAGGUCACCAUGCAGUUGUAGCGUAGAAAUCACACUGUGGUAGGUUAUGAAGAAGCAGUCUGAGUGUGAUGCCGUGUAGUCUUGGAUUGUGGCUUGGCCCAGCCUUGUGGAAACUUAGCCGGAGAGCUAGCACCUCUAUUCCCGACUGGCUGGGUUCUCACAAGAUCUGGGAACGUGCCUGGGGGGGUGUUUUGUGAUUGUGUGGCUAUGUGACAAACAUUCACCCUCGUAAAAUAGCUUUCUGUGGUUCAGAGGAAAUCUCUGAGUCAUUCUCUCAGGCUGUCUUAGAGUUUACCUCAUCUGAGACCCAACGCUAAGUGCUUCAUUCUGGUCUUGACAUCAUGGCCCACAUUCUGAAAUCAGUUCAACCCUCAGCCUAAACUCACCCGUUGUUCACCAUUUGCUGUGCAUGUGCAUUUAACAAUGGAUUACUCCAGUAUCUGCAGUGUCCCUGCUUGGGCCGUUGGUGACAAUUCAGCAAGUCAUGGCAAUCACCUUCUAGAAAAUCUUUAAACUGCAGAGGCCGUUUUCUGGCACAUGGAAAAAAGCAGAAAUCUACAUAUAAGACAAACGCAAUAACAAAAGCUAUAGUACCUACACACACAUAUACAUAAAAAAUAUUGAUUCUUUUCGUCUGGCUAAUUGUAUCAUUAGUUAACACCAAAAUGGAUUCUUCAGUGCUUUUAUUGACUCACAGCAGGUAACCCUUAAAGAUGGUGAUUCUGGUGACCAGGGAAGGGGAGAGGACUAGAUUACAAGCUGACUUCUGCAUUAAACCUGGAGCAGGGGGAUUUACCUGCAGGUUCUGCAGACUCCCAGCAUAAUAUAAGCCCCUGAUGCUGGUUGGAGAUGCCUGACACAGUAAUUCCCUGACUCACAGGUUCUCACAGGCUCCGUUGAGCUGCUCUAAAUAGACACCAGACAGGCACUCCCUAUAUCCACAUGGAGUAUUCCACCUACUCCAAAGACCUUUGCCCUUGUGCUCCUAGAAUCGGUUUUGAAGCUACAUGGUUCUUCCACAUCCAAUCUGUUUCAUCGUGCCUGAUUUUCACUGACAUGCAGAAUCCUUUUAGAGCAAGCAGAGUGAAGUUGUGGCAGCAAAUUUAAUCCCCAGGUUAGUGGUUUGAAAAGCAUUUUUUGUUUUACCUUAGACAACACUAAUAUUUUGCUGCAAAGCUACAUCUACUCACAAAAGAGUCAUAUUGACAUAUUCUGGAGCUGCUGCAGUCCCAUGGCUCACCUAAUAGUCAUUCUUCCUUAGUCCUAGUUUGUUACAUCCUGCCAAAAGUUCUGCAUGGGCUGCUGAAGCUUAUAUCACUCAAGAUGGAAACAAUCAGACUGCAUACUGUAAUAAAUACCAAAGUAAUGUCCUCACCCUCAAUUACAGACACCUACAUUUACAAAUGAAGUAAGCAACCACACCUUGUCUUAUUGCACAAGAAAUUAUGGUGGGCUUGAUGCUACUAUUAUGUCUCUGUGCAAGUCAGGGCGAGGAAAUAACAAGCAGUUGUAACAGGCGGAUGACCUCCUUCUGUUUUGCUAGCGGCUUACUGUUCGUUCCGUUAGCUUAGCGGUGCAGCGAGCUUAUCAGCGGCUUCCCAGACAAAACAUAUAUUACUCACUGGGCUGUCAUGGGUGCCCGCAGGAAGCCCUAAAGCAGGCCCACGCCAGUGCUGCAUGAGCACAUGUGCAAAUGGCAAUUUUGGCAUGAAAGUCAUUUUUGUAUUUCCCUUGCUUAAGGGAAGUGAAUAAAACAACAAAAUUAAGGUAACAUAAUGCAAAACAAACAACAACAGUGUAUUUAUCCGAAAAGUGAGUAGUAAUUAAGGAAAAUAGAAAGUAUGGGAUAUAGAGAUUUUAUAGUACAUGAAUGGAAGAUGAAAUAAAUAAAAAAUCGUUUUUCCCUCUCUUUGAAUCAUUAACAUGCUGCCUUGCUAAUGGCACCCUUACUCGUUUCGGUAACAGAAGGAGAAAGCUCUAUGCGACUUCAGUACCAUUGCUCCCUGUGUUUGUUUCAUCUCCACACUCUCAGGGAAGUAUCCAUCAUCUCCAUACACUGCAGAGACAUCUGCUAGAAUGGCUUUGAGCAACACGCUUAAGCUAUUUCUGUCCAAGUGUAUAAAAAAAAAACCACAUUCUGUGGUGUUGUUUGGUUCAUCAUCGUAAGGGAGCACCCGAUCUCCUUCUGGCAUUUAAUCUCUGCUGAAGAUAUCUGCUGUUCAUUAUCAGGAAUUGCUGGAUGACUGCUGUGGAGCUUGCUGUUUGAGACUUAAUCCUAAGGUGCCUCUUCCCAAGCAGGUGAAGAUGCCCUGCUGCCUUGUCAGGUGUUUGGUUUAGCAAUAGAAUAUGAUUCUGGUAAUGAGUUCCAAAAAUCCUUAUUUGUUUACCAUAUAUAUUUUGUAUCAUUAAUAUCAUUGUCAUUAACAAACAUGCACAUUUUUGUACUUUAUAGGCUAAAAUUAGUUUCUCCCUCUGUCAUCUCCAACAGCAUCCUCCUAUCUAAUGCUAAUCCUUGGACCAAAUUAAAAAAAUUAAAAAGUAAAAUUGUUGGUUUAGAAUUUAGCACAUUUCCUGCAUAAAAAGCACACUAUAAAAAGUACAUACAGUUAAACAGAUUAAAUCAGUUUAAUUCUGUGUCUUUAGGACAAUAGCAAUGGUUACAUCAAGCACAGCUGUAAAAGUCUAUUCUGAGGGUUGUUUAAAUGACAAUUUACCUUCACUGAAAUCAAAUUCUGCAACUGAAUUAACAUCAAUCUACCAUUUUCUGCUGUUGUAUUUCUCAAUUUUUGAGUUUCCUGGUGGCGUUGGAAGAUUAUAGAGUUGGUGCAGCAAAGGUUUCAUCACAUUUUCAUCACAUUUCUUCAUACUAGUUACAUUUAUAGAAGUCAUUCCUUGUUCUAUAAUUUGCCGCUUUUAAAAUGUUUUAUUAAUUCCUCUUUGAAAUUUGAUAACACUGCUUUUUCAUCUGUGGAAACAGUCUCUGUAAGAAAACGUUUCACAAAAUUUUGGAACAUUCAUCUUGACAAGCAAUCAGAGCACUGGCUGUGUGAAUCACAGUACUACUGCUGCAGCACAGAAGAACAGACAAGCUGAAGCAGGUCAGCAUUAAAUCGGCUCAUUUUCUAGGCUCCGUAAGGAAUUAAUUACAACUUUCAUGGAACAUCCGCCUUCUGGUACAUACCACCCAAGCACCAAAACUCUACCAAGUACAGUAUCCUCAGUAAUGUCAUUAAUUUAUAACAAAAACCUUUAUUUCAAAUGAGAAGACUAAUCAGAAACCUCAAAAGAAAUACGUUGUUAAACUUUAUUUGUAUCUUUAAAAAUGUAAUUGUUUACAAAGUAAUUAUGAAUUCAAUUUCCAGGGGGAAUUAAAUGCAGUGACCACACAUCUUAAUGUAUGAUGUUGCACAUUUGGACUGUGUAUAGUUGAAGAUAAAGUUAAAUAUUACUCUGAGCUUUGUAUAAUAAAAGACUGUACAUUAAAAGCACUAAAUAUUUUAUCUACAAUUUAUUUCCUCCAGCUAAAUAUUUAGCUUGUCAGUAGCUGUAAUGUUGGGUUUGAACUGUUUGCUAUUGUCCCUUCCAAUCUGUCCUGUUUGUUCUGCAUGGUACUGGUUUAGUUACCAAUAAAUCAUUUUAUUUGUGCCUGUA